CAUCUCAUUGGACGAAGAAGAAGAAGAAGACUCGCCACUAUCACGUAGAAGAAGAACGGUUUCAUUCUUCCGAACCAUAUGCACUGAGACCAUCGGACGAGCAAAAUGGAUACGAAACCCAAGCAUCACAAGGAAAAGAAGCACAAGCCGUCAAGCAAAGUGUCCAGUCCUCAACACGAAGGAAGAAAUGCGAGAAAGCUGAAGUUCAACCGGCGUUCCCCAGGAUCACCAGGAGAUCCCCAAGCAGAGGUUCAGUCCCCGUGCACUCCUGAAUGUAUUUCCCCUUCGAAGAACACCUCUAAGGAAGAGGCAAAGAAGAAACCACGGCUGAGCAUCGUCGAGGCCAAAAGAGAGGAUGAGCAAGUGGAGGUACCCCAAGCUAUGUCUCCGGGCUCCGCAACCGAAGUGGAACCGAAGAAACAUCAACUAAGCAAUCGUGGGGGAUCCUUUAGCGACACGAAGAGGCACCGAAUGAGCAUUUUUGAAGCCAAAAAGGUGGAAGAGCUGAAAGAAUCUACAGCAAGCACCACCCACCCCAAGGACACAUCGACCCUUAAGCCAUCGGGUCGAGUGAACGCGAGCGUAACCGAUGGCAGCAAGCUCAGUAGGUAUCCCGACACAUCCCGAACCAUGACCGUCGAAGAACUGAGAGAACAACUGCUCGGCCUAACACCGCCAUCCAAGUCCUCUCCUGUCUCCACCACACCUUUAGUCCAAUCCUGGCGUCCACAGUACAGUGUCUUCUACGCCUUCUUGGCAAUAGUCGUGUUCAUUCUGAUCAUCGUCCUCAUCGCCAGCAACUGGAGCAAGGACUUCUCGAAGGGUGCGAUUAUCCGAAUUUGUUCUUCCGAGGGCUGUAUUGAGCACGCUGGCAAGUUGAAACUGUCCCUUAACUUGAAGCAGUUGCCGUGCCAAAACUUUUAUACGUAUGUCUGCGGAGGCAACUGGGGGCAGCAGGUCUCCAGCAGCAUGGAAGAACGAACACAGUUUGAUCUGGCUGAUGCAAUGAAGAAAGAUAUUCUACGACCGCCUUUGGCAGGUUCUAAGCCAGGACUUCUAUACGCCUCUUGCAUGUCCAAGAUCACCAACACGGAAAAAGCAUUGGCCGUAUUCAAGGAGUUCAAGAACAGCCGUGGCAUCACGUGGCCAGAAAACCCACAAUCGAGCGACAUUCAUCCGCUGGAUAUCCUGCUUGACUUGGCUAUAAACUGGAAUAUGGGUUCUUGGUUCAACGUGCACGUCAUGUUUGCUACCAGAAGUCACCCGAGGAUUAUUCUCAUACACGAUGGUACGAUACAAGCUAACUGGAAGGACUACCUCAAGUGGUUGAAUACGACGCGAGAAGACGCCAAGUACGUCCAGGCAUUCUACGAGCUUCUAGGCGCGCCACCGGAUGACUUCAUCACCAGGCUUCACGACAACGAGUAUCGUGAGUUAGAAACCCUUAUCAGUGCGUCAUCAUCCGAUCCUAUCGAAGACAUGUUCCGCUUGCGUCAGAUUGAGAAGUAUACACCGAACAUACCCGCCGACCUUUGGCUGUCACUCCUCAACAAACAAUACAAACAUCGAUAUACCUUCAACCUUGACGAGCAGGUACUCGUGAAAGACAGCAAGUUGCUUACAGCCAUCGCUAACCUUAUCGACACCGUACCUAGACAGGAUUUAAUCGUAACAAUAGGGUGGACCUUCGUUCAAGAGUACUUGUGGAUGGCCAGUGAAACUGAUGUUUCUCGCGACCCCACCAUGAAGAGUCGCUACUGCAUGAGGUCUCUUGUCACAUGCUAUGGCCUCCUACCUGGCAUCACGUACUUCCUGAAGACGUACCAUCCUUCGAUCCGCGAUGACAUCGAUGCCCUCUUAAACCACACGCUCGAACGGACCAUACACUUGGUCAAUCAGUCGAUAUGGAUCGACGAGGUGACGAAGAUGACAGCCAUAACAAAAAUACGGAACGUCACUACAACCAUCUGGCCACAUGAAGACUCAAUGAACCUGUCAAGGCUCGAGUCGUACUUCGAGACCUUCCCCAACACUAGCGAUCUGUUCGUAUCCAGCUACCUGGACGUCGUCAAAAAGAUUAGCUCGCUAGUGCACACAGAACAUUUCGAAGACGUAUACACCAAGACGUACAUAACACGGUUCACUUUCUUCGACUACUACUACUUCCUGAACAGAGCCGUCGUAGCCAUAGCCGCUUUGUCAUCGCCUCUGUACUACGCAAGCGGAACGGCUGCGAUGAACUACGGAGGCCUUGGCGCGGCCUACAUGAAGAAGGUAGCCAGAUUAAUAGAUCCACAAGGUGUGAAUGUUUCUGUUGAUUAUAAGCGUACGGCUUGGUGGAACAAGUCGACCUUUCAGGCGUACAGGAACAAGUCUGAGUGCCUAUCAAAUAGAGGAGCCAGUUACACCUCGAUGUCACUUAUAGCGGCUUUGGAAGUUGCUUUCGAUGCCUUCGUUGACACAGUUUUGAAAUCUAACGAAACUGUGGACGCUCGGUUGGAAGACAUGAGGACCUAUACUCCGGAACAGAUAUUUUUUAUAACAUAUUGCUACGCAACGUGCUCGAAAGAGGAGCAGGCAGAGCAAGAGUGUAAUGUACCCUUGAUGAACUUGAGCAAUUUCUCGUCGGCUUUUGGCUGUCAUCCGGGUUCGCCAAUGAAUCCCAUUGAAAAGUGUUCCUUUUUCUUGUAACGAUGCCGCGAAUUAUUGCGUAACAGCCACUGUAACACAGCACGAGUAUAUAGUCGUGUCGACCUUGAUACAUUUUGCGUUAAAAUAAUACCCUAUACAGUUGAUAUUGAAUUUGGUGUUUCCGGCUUUCAUGUUUAUGUAUAGUACUUGCUGCGCUCAUAAAUCGUGAAGACAAAGUUUGA